UCAAGAUCCAUGGAGGAAAGUCUCCCUCCUGGCUUCAGAUUCCAUCCCACUGACGAAGAACUCAUUACAUAUUAUCUAACUCGCAAGGUUUCUGAUGUUGGUUUCCAAUCCAAAGCCAUGGCUGUUGUUGAUCUCAAUAAGUGUGAACCUUGGGACCUCCCAGGCAAGGCUUCCAUGGGAGAAAAAGAAUGGUAUUUUUUCAGCUUGAGAGACAGAAAAUACCCGACAGGACUUCGGACCAAUCGAGCCACGGAAGCAGGGUAUUGGAAAACCACAGGGAAAGACAAGGAAAUAUUUCGCGCUGGAGUCCUUGUUGGGAUGAAGAAAACCCUUGUAUUUUACAAGGGAAGAGCUCCCAGGGGUGAGAAAAGCAACUGGGUUAUGCAUGAAUACAGGCUAGAAAGCAAUCAUCCUUUCAAAUCCACCAAGGAGGAAUGGGUUGUCUGCAGGAUCUUCCAAAAGAGCGCAGUGAAAAAACCACAACAGGCACCAUCCUCGCAGCUAUCUCUUGAUGAGUCUCCAUGCGACACAAACUCAAUAGCAAACGAGUUCGGAGACAUCGAGUUACCAAAUUUAAACACCAUUAAUGCAAAUUCAUCCACCGCCUUCUGCAAUAUUAAUAUAUCACCACAAAGUUACAAUAAUAUUAUUAGUGAUAACAACAACAACAACAACAACAAAGCAAACAUGAUCAACUUGAACAACAACAUGAACAAUUGGGGAGCUCCAUCGCUCGCAUGGCCUGCUAAUUUGCUAAGCUCUGGUCUUUCAAUGAAUUCCUUGCUUCUCAAGGCAUUGCAGCUGAGAAGUUAUCAGCAACCAAGAGAAGCUAUAGAAUACAGCUCGUACAAUAUGCCUGCACAAGGGUUUUCUCAUAAUUUUGGAAAUGAUCAUUUAACAGCAUCUUCCUCUAAAGUAUUAGAAUCUGCACAACAGCAGCAGCAGCAGCCGGAGCAACCAUUUAAUAUGGACUCCAUUUGGUGAAGCAGCAGCAGCCUAAAGUAUGAGAAACUAACUCUUACAUUAAUGUUGUCACAAGAUAUAAUUAUUAUUAUGUGCAACAAAUGUUCAUGAUGCAGUUGGAUCUAGUUAAUUAGAUGUUCGUGGCUCUGUCUAUGUUCAAUUAAGUUGGUGUAGUUUGAUGUCAAUUGUAGGGGAAACUUCUGAGUCCUUUGUUGUUAUGUUCCACUUAGAACCCUCCUGUCUAUACUUCUUAUUGUU